AAUUGAACUCCGGAUCUACUGUGACAUGUUCUAUUACGGCAACCAGUGUGACAGAUACUGCAAGGCUCGGGACGACGAGAGGGGACAUUACCGUUGUAACCCUGUCACAGGAGAGAAGAUCUGUCUCUUUGGAUGGGGCUCUGACGACUGUCUCACCAACCUGGACGACUGUAACGGUCAUCGGUGUCAUGACGGGGCCACCUGUAUGGACCACAUCGGCUACUACACCUGCAAGUGCCCGCCUGGGAGAACUGGCGUGUACUGUGACGGUGAGAUCAACGAAUGUGCCAGCUCACCAUGUCAUAAUGGUGGCACGUGUGUUGAUGAAAGCAACGGCUUUACUUGUGAGUGUCCUGAGGGCUGGGCUGGCCUGCUCUGUGAGAUCAAGAUCGUGCCGUGUAAAGUGGAUAACUGCGUGCACGUGAGUUAA